UUGCUGCUUGCAAAUUGCCUUGGGACAGUUAUGCCCAGAGUGGGGAGACGGGGGUCGCUCAUGCAGCCCCCCCACCCUUUAAAACUUGGGGAUUAGCCCAUUUUCAAAUUAGUCUUAUUAGUUGUGGAUGAAUAACGUGCCCCAUUCUCUGGAUUGCUGUGGAGGACUGGGAAAUGUGGAUUAUAGCAAGGUUGAACUCUCAGCCAUGACUUCCUUCCUCGGUUACGUGGAUGUGACGGACUCCAUUUUUGGGCUGGCUGUUUUCUUCAUUGCCUUCAACCCGUUUUUCUGGAAUUCGGUGGCAAGAUGGGAGCACAGGACCCGGUCUCUGACACGCCUCUUCCGUUCCCCCUACACCGCCUGCUACUCCCUGGGAGCCGUCAUCUUGCUGCUUAAUUUUCUGCGGAGUCACUGCUUUGCCGAAGUCAUGGAGAGCCAGCUCAAACUGCAAGUCCUGGACACUCUGCUUGCCUACUAUGCUGGAGCCGGACUCGUAGCGAUAGGGGUCAUGUUAGUUCUCUCCAGCUUCCUCGCUCUGGGAUUUGUCGGAACGUUUUUGGGAGAUUACUUCGGAAUCCUCAUGGAGGCUAAAGUGACCUGUUUCCCGUUCAGUGUAUUGGACAACCCAAUGUAUUGGGGAAGCACGAUUAUCUACCUUGGAUGGGCCAUCAUGCUUGCAAGUCCAGCCGGCCUCCUGCUGACAGCCGUUGUGGCUUUGUGCUACACAAUCGCUUUGCGGUUCGAAGGGCCGUUCACCGAAGAAAUCUAUCGCCAGAAAGAAGCCAGGAGCAAGUAGCUACAGAAGGGCCAGAAGUUCUGGGGGAACAAAGAACAGGGUGGUUUGGAAGAACGAACCCAACCUGCUGUGGCCGGAGCAACCAAGCGAGAACAUUCAGCGGGAUAUGAAAGUUCGGACUGACUUUUAAUUACGCUUUGCCCAAACUUUUCAAAAGUUCCUUUGAGAUGGAGUGUUGAGGGGGGGGGGAGGACUUUGACGCUCCGCACACCCUCCCACGGACGCCAGGCAGGUGGCCUUUGGCACGGGGAGUCGGCCUCCACCUCUCCCUUUCAGGGGGUUCCAUUAAGUGCAGAGGUUUGAACGGGCUGAUUACAGGCUUGGAAAAUGUAAAAUAAAAGGCACAGCAGGGAGGAGCAUUGAGCGUUUUUAUGUGGCUACAUGCACACGGAGGAAAAGCACGAAAAUGACAGUGAAUGCAUGCGCCUUGAAGGGGAGCGAGAAGGCACCAGAGGACAUGUGCCCAGCGCAGACAUUGGCGGAUUGCAAUUGCCGUUGUCUAGAUGGUGUGGGUUAAAUGUGGACAAAGUUUCUUCAGGCUGUAAAAAAUUCUUCUACCUUUCUUCCAUCUCCUCCUCCUCCUCCUUCAGAUAUACAUUCUUCUGCUUUCUUUUUUUACUUCUCCUCCUUCUCCUGCCACACAUUUUCCUCCUCCUCCUCCUCCUCCUCCUCCUCCUCCUCCUCCUCUGAACCGUUGGGAGGCAGAGUUUUGGCUGGGUUGCUGGGGCACGUGUAUAUUGGAGACCUCAAAAGCCAAGUUUUACGGCACACACAAGUCUAGGCUUUUUCCUGUCGUGUUUUCUGUGUUUUGCCUUAAAAUUUCCACAUGUGUCUCUCUCUCUUCCCCCGCCUGGGCAGGCUCAGUGAUCCAACCCAUCAAAAAUUGCCUUUGGGUAUCAAACAACAUCCACCAAUUUAGAUGCCAGCCAAAAAAAUACCAUCCACCACCAACUUUCUUUCCCAUUGACUUUACUCCUGUUGCCAGCGGUUUGACCUCUGCCCUUUUCUGCCUGCCCCAGUUAUCUUGAACGCCAUUGGCUGCUCUGCUUGUAUGUCACCGCAGGGUUUUGCAGCCUCCAACUGCCAUUGGCUUAGCUGCUGUGAUGUCACAGAGAGUCUGGAGUUCCCUACAUCAGAAAACUGAAUGGAAAAUGCAGAGUGCAGGGUAGGGUAACCCAGAGGUGUACUGGCCUAAAUGCCGAGGACUUCUAAAGCCGCACCACAGCCUUAAUUUACAAAGGCAAACUUACAAGUCCUGGAUGAACAACCAGCAAAUCCAGAUCGAGAAGUCCUGGACAACCAAACACUAUUGUGGUGUGACCUCAGCCAAAACCUUGACCUUGACCUGCUUUUCACGUUUUUCACAUUUGUGUUACACGUUUUGCACGUUUGCCCAAAACCAGUGCCAAUAAUGUUUCCUGCGGCCCACUUUUCAGAGAAUGCCUUUAUCUGUGCCUGUGAUAGUACUGCCUCCUCCUUUCAUUCCAGAGCGACAACAAUAUUUCUACAGCACUUUUGGGAACGGGAGAACCAUCCGGGCCGUUCUCAGGAACUGGACUGUCUUUGUUUUUCUUCUAAGCAGACUGGAGCCUUUGUUUUCUCUCCCUGGCGUUUUAAGAACCAGUGGCUUUCCAGGAGCCAUGCUCAGAUUUCUUGCCACUCCGGCAUCUCAACCUCAGUCGAGUAUCCCUUUCCCAUUGUCUUAUUCUUUGAACAAGCUCCCAUAGCAACGUCUGGGAGGCAGUCACGUUCGAUCCACCGCUGCUCUAAUACUGUGCAUUUUGUACAUUUUAGUUUUCUGAACUAGCUCCGGUAUUCUGGUUAGAUCCCCGACGUAUGCUCGAUGUAUCGGCCAAAUCUGAACCAGAUUAACCAUUAUGUUAAGCCCACUAGGACACACCGUCCCGGUCAGAUUUGAACUCACUUACGCACACUUGUCUGAUUUAUUUUUACUAUGCACCUUAAGGUAUUAAACAUUGAAUGCACGUGUUUUAAAAAAUAAACCAUAAAACCAUC